ACUGCACUGGAAUGGCCUUGAAUGAAUAGUAAAGAAUAAAAGAACCGUUAGAAUUGUCAGCUCUGCCUUCUCUGCAUUGUUUGAUGAUCAGUAAGCAAGUGAACGUCAUAAAAAUCGGUUGUGUUACCUUCUUCGGAACUAAAAAUGUUUUACUUAAUAAAGUGCGGAAAGUUGUACGUUUUUGAGAAAAAGAAAUGUAAAAUAAUAUCAAAAAACAUUUGUUUAACAAAAAUAAAUGGAGCUACUUUUGAAGCAGAAAUUAUUAAUUCCAGUGAAUCAAAAGAACUUCUCGAAGGCCUAUGCAAAAAGAUGAAUGAGGCGUUAUACAAGGCCAAGAGCAAAACCUCUGAUGGUGGCGUUAACAAAGAAAACAUUCAAAAAGAUUCUGUUAAACAAAAAUUGUCUUACAGCAGUGAAGUAAAUAAUAAUGAAGUGGAACUUUAUAAAGAAUUAGAGGGACUAACCUCUGAUGGUGGCGUUAACAAAGAAAACAUUCAAAAAGAUUCUGUUAAACAAAAAUUGUCUUACAGCAGUGAAGUAAAUAAUAAUGAAGUGGAACUUUAUAAAGAAUUAGUGGGCCAAACCUCUGAUGGUGGCGUUAACAAAGAAAACAUUCAAAAAGAUUCUGUUAAACAAAAAUUGUCUUACAGCAGUGAAGUAAAUAAUAAUGAAGUGGAACUUUAUAAAGAAUUAGUGGGCCAAACCUCUGAUGGUGGCGUUAACAAAGAAAACAUUCAAAAAGAUUUUGAGGCGAUUGGAGCAGAUGGCUUCGACCCCAUUCUGACAGGUGAACUUUAUGAGAAAGAUAAUUGUGCACAAGACAUCGAAAAUGAAGCUGAACCUUUUGAGGAUUCUGGAUCCGAAUACAUCGACGAAAAUGAGUCUGAAAAGUCAAAAGAGGAAAUAGUUGAGUCGCAGCCAAAUCGAAAACGCCGCAGUACAUCUCCUUUUGGAAAGACACAACGCAUUCGUUGGUCGCCACCUGAGCGAAAAGAGAUGGAAGAGGCUUUCGGCAAUUUCAAAUCGUUGAAAAGAUUACCUAGUUUGGCAGAGUGCAAUAGGGUUAUUGCUGCAUCUCAAUAUUUAAAGCGUCGUACUCCAGCACAGCUUAAGUCAUGGAUUGACAAUCAGCGAAAGGCUGAGUCAAGAAAAAAAUCAAAAUAAUUUUAUAAAAAGAAUUGCAUUACGGAAAUGCUAAAACAAAAAUUAGU